UCCAAGUUAGCGCGUGCGGUGGACUUCAACGUUAUUUAUAUGAUAUAUUUCACACUCGUGUUACCGAUGGGGACGCAAUAGAAGUCCGUCUCUCGAGGUUUCUCGUCGGUAACCGUCCCGAAGAGAGUUUGAGGCUACUCGUACCAGUUUUGCGCGGCUAUGUUAGCCGGAGUUAAGUUAGCCGUUACGUGUUGUUCACGGAAGAUGAACGUGAGCUAAAGUCGGUCACGCGCCCCGGCCGUGUGUCACGCGCCUCGGCCGCGUCCCGCUGAGACCGACCAGAACCACGUGUUCAAAAAUGGUUCGCGUCCAGCGGCUGCUUCGCUGUCAAUGAACUCGCCGCCGCCUCGGGAGGCUGCGUCCCAUUUCUACUUUUGAAGCUGCCUGCACACCGGUUCCGAGUGAAGUCCUGUCUGCAGCAGCUAUGCAGCCGGCCAAAGAGAGGACACUUGUUUUAGAUGAUGAGGAAGAGGAGGAGGUGGAGGGUGUGACCAAAAAAAAGGAGGGGAAGAAGACGAGUCCAGGUCGGGUGGAUGCAGCCAGCACAGAGGUCCAACAAGCCCCCGGAGCCUCCACAGUGCCAGAGAGGCAUACGAGGACGCAGAUGAGGAGGGCGAAGAAGAAACUGAUAAAGAAGCAGCUCAAGGCGGCUGAUACUUUGGGUACUUUAAUGUCGGAGCUUCCGUUUUCUCUGACCAGCCCCACGUCAUGGAAAGAGCUCGGAUUCUCCAGCUCAAAGUCAGCCCAGACGGAGAGGAAGAGGAAGAGGAAGAGAGGAGACAACGGAGGACGAGUGGACAGUGAAGAGGAUGCUGAGAUGAAGAAGAAAAAGAGGGAGAGCCAACGACCCAACUACUUCGUCUCCAUCCCCAUCACCGACACACAGAUCAGUUCCGCUGUGCUCGAGGUCCAAGAGGCGGUGCUUCAGCAGGAGCCCCGAUGCUGCUUGUGCCGAUGUCACAGCAGACCAGUGCAGGGGAUGGUUGGGUCAUGCACGGCGAUUCUUCCCCCGUUGCAUCGCAAGGGAGAACAUCAGAUGCGAUGUUGACGAAAAUCUGUGGCCAGACAGAGCUGAAAUCAUGUCGUUCCUACUGAGUGAAAUAAAGCGCGUCAACAGAGACGCAGCUCGUGUGUUGGAAACGGCGGAGUUACGCACGGACUCCGAGAUCCAGACGCUGACGCGAGAAGAUCUGCAUGAACUGUUCCCCGGACCUCAGCACUUCAAGCUGAGGAGGACCCUCUAUGACGUCAUCCACAAUCAGCCGAUUGCUGAACAGCUCCUGAAAAAACUGAAGGGGUUCCUCCCACGUGAAUCUGUCAUGGCUGCUCUGACUAACAACGGGGUCCUGGUUGAUUACCUCCAAAUCCUGAAGGACAGGAAGACCCAAGUGGAUGCUCACAUCGGCCUUCUGGAAAAAUUCAUCGCAGAUCAGCCGGACAGCGGCCAAACCGACGGCUGUUCACAAGAAGCAGGAGGUUUGGGUAUCUCAGAUGCCUUUGGUCAAAACUUUAAACAAAUUGGCCCCACUGGUCCCCAGGAACCACAAAGUUUGGGUACCUCAGAUGCCUUUGGUCAAAACUUUAAACAAAUUGGCCCCACUGGUCCCCAGGAACCACAAAGUUUGGGUACCUCAGAUGCCUUUGGUCAAAACUUUAAACAAAUUGGCUCCCCAUGUCCCCAGGAACCACAAAGUUUGGGUACCUCAGAUGCCAUUGGUCCAAACUUGAAACAAAUUGGCCCCACUGGUCCACAGGAACCCCAAAAGCAUCGCUCAGGUGUUUCAGCCCCGGCUGGCCGAAGAGAUGGCUUUCAAUACGGAGCAACAGGUUUGGGUACCUCAGAUGCCUUUGGUCCAAACUUUAAACAAAUUGGCCCCACUGGUCCCCAGGAACCAUUAAGUUUGGGUACCUCAGAUGCCAUUGGUCCAAACUUUAAACAAAUUGGCCCCACUGGUCCCCAGGAACCACAAAGUUUGGGUACCUCAGAUGCCAUUGGUCCAAACUUGAAACAAAGUGGCCCCACUGGUCCCCAGGAACCACAAAAGCAUCACUCAGAUGCAAGUGUUUCAGUCCCGGCUGGCCAAAGAGAUGGCUUUCAAUACGAGCAUCGCUCAGGUGUUUCAGCCCCGGCUGGCCAAAGAGAUGGCUUUCAAUACGGAGCAACAGGUCCAAGUGCUUCAGCCCCCGCUUAUCGAGUUAAGGCCCACGGUGGCAAAAGUGAUGGCUUUCAACAAGACACAGGAGGAGAGCCCUUCAUCAUUUUGUCUGUACCGGACGUUGUGGAACCCACGUUGUUGUACAAGAUGGUUGUCGGCGGCGGUAAAACCUUCGGCACCGACCGGACGCUGAUGCAGAAAGUGGAGAAACCAUUUCAGAAUCGGCUCCGGCCUUGCGGCGCCCAGGACAACAAGAUCACGUUUGUCUUCUGUCCAAUCAGUUCCUGCAUUGGGGCAGAUGUGGAUGCAGCCAUGGUUGAUAUUAAAGAUGAUAAACCGAUCGUUCUGGUGUUGAUGCACCACACACACGAGGUCAAGGCUGUGAGCUCGAUGAAAAUGCGGCCCGAUGACGCUAGAGUUGUGUUGCGUGUCAACGUGUUCUACCAUGAGACAUGUGGGUUACUGAAGUGUGAACAAAAUGAUGCUGCUGUCACUGAGAUACAAAACAAAUUAGAGGAGAGCUUCAUCCGGAGGAGUAAAGAUAGAGGUGGACCUAUCCAGGGCGGGGGUGCUGAUGGUAACUAUAAUAAACUGAACCCCAUGAAUUUGUUUCGCAAGCCGUGGUAAACAUUUUUGGGAUGGUAUUCAGUCAGUUCAUGUAAUGGGUUGCAACAACAGCAACAAAUAAAACACAUUGCAGAAAACAUUAUUAUAUCCUCCUUUGUAAGAUAAUCGUGGCUACUGAAUAGAGUCUAAUGAUAAUUGUUUUCUCACGGGUUUAAAUAGCUAAACAAAGAGUUAUCUGCACAUGUUCUGCUGUUUUAAAUAUUCGAAAGCUUCAUCAUAUAACUUGCAUUUUGUAAAUUUUCCAAUGCUCAGUUAUCAGUCGGAUUGUAUAGAUUUAAGGAAAAAUGUUGAAUCCAGUAUUUGAGCUGCUAUAGAUCAUCAGACUUAGAGUUAUAAUUACAUUCAUUUCCUUUAAUCAAAUGUCAAAUAAUCAAUUCUACAAUUUGUUUCAGUAUAUAUUAGGACUUAAUUUAAAGGAUAAAAGAGUGUCACAAAGCUCAGUAAAUGUGUCUAUUUUUCUCAACACCAUACUCAAUAAUUAAUGCAAAAGAAAACACAUGUUUGCUUCAAAUUAUGAGUGUGCAAUUUUGCUGUCCCAUACUAUAUAAUUGUGUUGUAGAACGUGUAUGUAAGGUGACAUGGUUAAUAUUUCUUAUACUCUCAAAUAAAUGCAAUAAGUGUGUAA